UUUAGAGAAAAUGUCACCAUAUACCCCAAAAUCUGAAAAGUUUAUGUUAGUGACCCAACAUAAUAUUUUUAGCAAAAAUCCCUCUUUUUUAAUUUUCUAUUUUCAGCUCUACCCCUUUUUUAGGCAAGUUACUUAAAUAACCCUGUCUAUAGUAGCUGCUUUACAAUUGCUAUAGUGUACUUCAUACACUCAAUUUUUUCCCCCCACUUUCUCUUCUCCUCUACGUUUUUUCCCUCACUUCCUCCAUUACUCCAUUUUCUCACUAUCUUCUCUUUCCCAUUAUCUGCGAAAAUCACUCAGCACAAACCUCUGUUUUUGUUAUUAAAUCAUUAUCAAUGGCUCAUACACGUUCUUCAAAACCGAUUCCUAAAAAAGCUCUGAAUAUGAAACCGAAGAAAGCGGUUUCUAAGAAGAAGAAGGGUGAAUCAAGCAAUGUGAAGGAUAAAGUUCAACAAGAAUCUGUCUCUGGUGAAGGAGUAAUCCGACAAUCUCCUCCUUCUCUCAAAAAGAGACAUGCAACCGAAAUUACUAAGCCAAAGAAGAAGCAAAAAGUGAUUUCAAUCUCUGAACCAAAACGGCGAAGUCCUAAGCUGUGGCAGUUAAAGCUCUUACGUGAAGAUCGACUUCAUUCGAAAAUCGAUACUUGUAUGUCCUACGAUACUAUUUCUGAAAUACAAUCAACUUUGAGUCCUUUUGAGUUAGAGUUGUUUAGGAAGUCUUGUUUCGAUCGGUUAUUUUCUCGAUAUUCCUAAGAUUAUGGUUCAAAACCAGAUUAUUCAUUGUUUGUUGUUGAGGGAAGUCGAGCAAUAUAACAAGUCUGAGAUGUGGUUUGAGGUCGGGGGUCAUAGGCUGAAAUUCGGUAUUGAGGAGUUUGCCUUAGUGUCGGGUUUAAAAUGUCACGGGAAUGUCAGUAAAUAUGGUUACCCGACGGUGUCUAAUGGAAUUUUGGACAAGUAUUUUGGCGGUUCGCAGUCUAUUUCUAAGCAAACUCUUCGAGAUAUUUUUAGGUCUAAGCGUUGGGAUUGUCCGGAAGAUGGUUUCAAGCUUACUUUUAUGCAUUUUUUGCAUAACUUUUUGUUAGCUUCCCCUAAAACUGCUCGUAUUCCUCUAAAAGAUUUUGAUGUUGUUGAUUCCGAUGACUUGAAUGACUACCCGUGGGGUGUUGAUGUUUUUAAAUAUACUUUUGAUUCUUUGUCCACUAAGGCUGUU